AUUGUCGUUUCAGCGGUAUCAACGACGGUGUCCCUUGUGCUGGCUUCCCUAUCAGCCGUGUUGAUUUUUUCGGGUAUGCAAAUGUAUCGGCCCUUGUUGGCCUCCUCCCAAAUCGCUACCAUCUUCGGUGGGUACCUCGGAUCGUGGCUUUUUAUUCUUUCCCUAACCGCGGUGUCAAACCUGGAAGCGGUCGUGCUAGGCUACGGAUUUCAGGCUAAGUUUUUUCCGGAAGUGUCGUUCUGCCUGAUUGUUGCACUGUUUGCGUGCGGUUUGGUGCAUCGCGUUUGUGUCACUUCGUGCGUACUCUUUUCGAUUGCGGCCCUGUAUUAUGUUAACAAAAUAUCGCACAAAGUACACAACGUUGCGGUACAGGUGGAUAGCUAUGCUGGGAAGAAAAAGAAAAAAUGAACAGGCUCCAUUGCGCGGGCUCUCUAUGUAGAUUCACAGGGCUAAAAUGCAAUUUUGAUCUUGCAUCACUUAGGUUUAAGGUCCAUCGCGUAUCGUAUGCUGUUUGAACAACCAACAAUCACAGCGAGGUAAUACUAA